AUGAGGCUCUGGUACACGCUCCUCGCGCUCGCCGCCGUGCACACCGCCACGGCCAACUUCCUGCGGUGCACGAUCAUCGAGGCUGCCAACGCCGUCAUCCAAAACCAGCUGUACACGUCGUUCAGCGCGUCGCAGUUGACCGUGGGCGGGUGCGAGUCGUUCUGCGCCGCCGACCCCAAGAAGCCCGGCUACUCGUACUACGAUCCGACAAACUUUGUGUGCCUGUGCUCGACGGCCAGCGACGUGCAGACCAGCGGACAGGUGUACUACCCGACCACUGACGCGUCGGGUACCUGUGCCAGCUGGUAUAUUUCAGCCAUCACGACGCGCUACGGUGCGAGCACGUGCAUCACCAGCUGGUCGGGCGGGCCAGCGACCGACCUGCCCGGGUCGGCGUCCGACCCCGUGGCGUGCAUGUACGGCUGCCUCGGCACGUUUGCCGGGUUCGAGAGCGCCAUCUACUCGCCCGGCAAGUGCACCUGUGCGCACAACGCCGUGCCCGUCACGGACCCGACGUGCACGGGCGGCUCGCUCCUCUUCCCGCGCCUGAGCAGCGUGCAGCCGUCCGGCGGGCUGCAGUACCGCCGCGCGGCGGAGCAGGCGCGCCUCGCCGAGGCCAAGGCAAACCCGCACUGCCCGCGCGGGAUGGACGCGUGCAUCGUGCCCGGGACGAGCGGGUACGAGUGCCUCGACACGGCGUCCGAGCUCGUCUGGGCAACGGGACUAUUGGCGUCGACCCUGGUGGGGCCGGACCGCUCCGUUACGUGCGACCGGGGGCGCUGCGUCGCGUCGGGAUGUCUCCCGGGGUACACGCUCCGCAGCGACGGGGUGUGCGUGUAG